AAGAAAAAGUGACUAUGUUCGCUGGUGCGUGAAAGUGUGCUAAUAAUGUGAACUACUGCUCCCUCGGAUCUUUGCGUGCCCGCCGCGGCAGGGUUCACUGCCAGCGCUGCUCCUGUCUAUUUAAUCAAGCUUCAUCAAAUACAGAGGGCAUACUAUUGUUUGAGAACAGUAUUGACGCUAGUAAGCUGCUUUUUAUGUAGCAACACAUCAAGCAUGUAAUGUGCCUCUCGCGGAAUGAUGCCUUCAAGGUUUCACUUCACCAAUGACCUGUUUUUGUUACUCUCUGGGCAGAAUGAGUGAUUGUCUAUUUAGUGUUUCGAAGUCAGCAACGGAGACUGAACAUUUCAGCAGAAAUAGUCUUUUUAUUGUGUUGGAUCCCAAAGAUAAUGGGACAGGGAGGUCGGAUGUUGCAUCUCAAGUGAGGCAGCGUUCUGUUAUUUUAGGUUUCUGUUUCGAUUUUCUGCCCUCCAGCUGCUUAAGAGGGCGUCAUUGUGCCCAUACGCAAACUCCGAUCUCAGACUGACAGUGUCUCACACGCCCCUGUAGGGAAGAAAAGUGGGGGUGUUGCUUUGGAGUAUUGUCCGGGAAAUAUGCGAGGGAGAGGAGAGCUGGAGCUGGAAGGGCUGGGCGAAUCGAGGCAGAGAGAGAGGGCUGCUCUCAGCAUCAUCUGGCAGUAGAGGCUGAUCUCCAACAGCAGGUGUUAAAGGAGAGAUAGAGAGAGGCGAUACGUGGAAGAGAACCAAGUCGUAGUGAAGAAGAGAGACUGAGCUUUCGGUGAGGCAGAACGAUCUGCCCUCUGCCACGUUCUCGUGAACAGGAUGUGUGCACAGACGGGCUGCCGGUUCUCCCCGCUGACUGGUGUUGUGUGAGACAAGGAAGCAAGAUGGAAGGAUUUUUCGAAUCUCUGACAGACUAGAGCGCUUACAAGACUACUGCAGUCCUCUACUUCCCCUUCCUUCAGUUUCAAAGAGUUGCAGAAUGGAUGAGCAGAGAUGUCCCCUCCCUCCGCCCCUCAAAACAGAAGAGGACUACAUCCCUUAUCCCAGUGUUCACGAGGUUCUGGGGCGCUGCAGCCCAUUUCCUCUCAUCCUGUUGCCCCAGUUUGGGGGCUACUGGAUUGAGGGGACGAAUCAUGAGCUUAAAGACCCAGCAGAAGCGGAUCCAUCGCACUGGCCUGUUGCUUCCCAGAUUAAACUGGAGACCAACAGCACCGCUAAGAUCUACAGGAAGCAGUUCCUGGGCAAGGAGCAUUUUAAUUAUUACACCAUGGAUGCUGCCCUGGGCCACUUGGUCUUCUCUGUCAAGUACGAUGUCAUUGGGGAUCAAGAGCAUCUGCGCUUGAUGCUUCGCACAAAGUUAAAAACCCAUCAGGACGUGAUCCCCAUUUCCUGCCUUACAGAGUUCCCCAAUGUGGUCCAGAUGGCCAAGCUUGUGUGUGAGGAAGUGAACGUCGACAGGUUCUACCCAGUGCUCUACCCCAAGGUCUGUACUUAUGUAUUGUGUAAGUCUUUGAAUGCUUCAUUCAGUGAAGUACUUUCUCACCAGGCGUCAAGGCUGAUUGUCACAUUCGAUGAGCAUGUGAUCAACAACAACUUCAAAUUUGGGGUUAUUUAUCAGAAGUUUGGCCAGACGUCUGAGGAAGAGCUGUUUGGGAACAUGGAAGAGAGCCCUGCCUUUGUGGAGUUCCUGGAGUUUCUGGGCGAGAAGAUUGAGCUGCAUGACUUUAAAGGGUUCCGGGGUGGUCUGGAUGUCACUCACGGUCAGACGGGGACAGAAUCAGUCUACACAAAUUUCCAUAAUAAGGAGAUUAUGUUGCACGUGUCCACAAAGCUGCCGUACACCGAGGGAGACUCACAGCAGCUGCAAAGGAAGAGACACAUAGGCAACGACAUCGUGGCCGUCGUGUUCCAGGAGGAGAACACGCCUUUUGUCCCCGACAUGAUCCAGUCGAACUUCUUGCACGCAUACGUGGUGGUGCAGGUGGAAAACGCCUGUUCAGAUAACGUCACGUACAAGGUCUCAGUUACAGCGAGAGACGAUGUUCCUUUCUUCGGACCUGCUCUGCCAGACCCAGCGGUCUUUGUCAAGGGACCAGAAUUUCGUGAAUUUCUCUUCACAAAACUCAUCAACGCUGAGUACGCCUGCUACAAGGCCGAAAAGUUCGCCAAACUGGAGGAGCGAACCCGUUCAGCUCUAUUGGAGACCCUGUACGAGGAGCUGCACAUCAACAGUCAGUCCAUGAUGGGACUGGGAGGAGACGAAGAUAAACUGGAGAAUGGAGGAGGCGGCGGCGGUGGAGGAGGUUUCUUUGAAUCCUUUAAGCGGGUCAUCCGCAGCAGAAGCCAGUCUAUGGACGCCAUGGGCCUCAGUAACAAGAAGUCACACACAGUCUCCACUAGUCACAGUGGCAGCUUUACCCACAAUUCCGCAGAGAGCCCCAAAACCCCGGGGAUUUCAUUGCUUGUCCCAGGGAAAAGUCCCAGUAAAUAUGGACGGCGAGGCAGUGCCAUAGGGAUAGGAACAAUAGAAGAGUCGUUAAUCAUUCCCGGGAAAAGCCCCACCAGGAAAAAGUCCGGCCCCUUCAGUUCCCGACGCAGCAGCGCCAUUGGAAUUGAGAACAUUCAGGAGGUGCAAGAGAGGAGCCGAGAAGUGUCGCCAAACACACAGAGGACACCCGACAACCCGCACUUCUCCCUUGAAAACAGAUCUGACAACUCAUCCAAUCACAGCUCACCUGAAUUCCAUGCUGCUAAGAACAGCAUGGUGAUGUGUUGCAGAGCGCCGUCCAUCCCCGAGGCUCAGGAUCUGUCCCGGUCCUCCUCGAACGCCAGCAGCUUCGCCAGCGUGGUGGAGGAACAGGAGGCCGAGGAGGAAUAUGAAACAGGAUUGGAGAGUGUCUCCUCCAUGACGCCACACAAGAGAAACUCAUUAAUGUACAGCUCCAGUGUGGAGGACAGCGUGUACAGUGCCAGCCAGGGAAGUUGCCCAGCUUCGUAUUUUCAGCAACAACCAGACGGAGUCAAACCACCAGAAGCCAAGGUGACGGACAGCCGCAAGACAGAGCGGCCCCCGCUGGAGAGCAAGUCCUCUGGGAGCUGCUAACAUGUGCCGCUGCAUCGUUUUCAUCGAUGUCCAUUUUCAGCCUUCCCUCAGUUGAUGUCAUUUGCCAGAGAUGAGCCAGAAAAAUUCAUCUCAGCUCCACCGCUGUCGAGUCCGAGGUCAGACCCAGACACUGACCACUGAUCUUUGUCCUGUCCGGACAGACGGGUCGUUCCAUGGUGCCCCUAAAGCCCUCAUUCCAGCUCCACGUGGGAUGUUCCUGCGACACUUCAAGGCGACGGGAAGCUCCGGACCUGCGCACUGACUCAUAUCUGUCUCUUGGUUUUGUUAGUCAAUGUGCCUGGUUAGUUCAGUCGGAAUCCUAAUUCAUGAUGUCUGCUUUGAAAUCCUGUCCCUGUGUUGAAACCCUUUGGUCAAUUCAGUGUAUCCACGCCACUGCUCUUGAUGCCAUUCCAUGCCCUUUAUUUUUGUAGUACAGGCAUCUUGGCAGCCCAGAAAGAUACAAUGUUAUCUUCAGGCGAGCGCAAUUGAAAUGGAACUGCUCCUGAGGGACAGGAUGAUUCAGCACAAGCUCCUCUUGUGCUAACAUGAGCCACAUCAUUUUCUUUUUUAAUAGACGACAGUCAUAGUUUUUACCUCAAAACACACACUUAAGCUCACUUUUUAUGUGUCACACAGUUUUGGGUUUCUUAUUAUGAUUCAUUAGUGGAUCUGCUUUGACAUAAUUUGCGAUUUCGUGAGUUCAAAAUAUUGUGUAACAAACAUGGCAAUUGGAUCUGUGAUGAUAAAAAGCAAUAGUUGCAGUCAUGGCAACAUGCUUGUCACGUGCUGAUUCAUCUGUGACGAUCACUUCUGUGCAUGGAGUAAAUCUGCUUGACAAAAGAAGAGAGAAAACUCUCCUCUGUACCGUGCUCGGCAUUCUCUUCUUCAUGUUGCUGCUCUGGCCAACUGCUGGUUACUUUAUGUGUUAUUUAUGUAGAAGCACUACAUUUUGCCCGUCCAACAUCACAGUGCUGUUACUGUAACAGAGGAUGUGUAAAUGCCCAAACUCGUGGCUCCGCCUGGACCACGAUUGAGGAUCUUGUUGUCACGCUCUACUACACGCUCUACACAAAGAACAGCUAGUUAUGUGAUUCAGGAUGAAGAUGGCAACACAUUACUGUGAGUAGCGUCAGACUUUCUCCCUUUUCGGUCAUCUCAGUUGGGAGAUAACAUGAAAAUAAGUCCGUAUUGUAAUACGCCCUGUUGAAUUUAUCAUGUUAAGUUCCACGGCAAAUGAGUUUCCUGUUAGAGCACAGGUGAGCACAUCGAAGGAAAUGGUGAAUAGUGUUCAAUGACUUUUUGUACUGAUGCAUUUACAUUUGAGGAUUUUAAUGCUGAUUUUCACUUGAGUUGGUUGCAAGGAAAUGUUGAUGGUGCAGAUAUUUCGGAAACUACUUGCACACAGGUUGCAAAGAAAUAUGGUGAUUUCCAGGGUUGGAAUCGUCGUCCGUGUAUUAGUGGGUAUUGAUACAGACAGCACCGAAUUUGCCCACAUUUAUUUAGGAAUUGUGGAAUGGGGAAUGAUGACCUGUUAAACCCCUUAAAUUAAAGGGUAAUAUUUUCAAGUUUUAAUCUGGUUGCUUUACGGAGAGAAGCUGAGGCACAGAUAUGUUUGUGAAACUCCUGUGGCAGGCACUGGUACAGAAACGUGUUCUCUUUUUAUCGUUGAAAACGGAAUCACUGUGUGCGUCAUCAUGAAGAGGCCUUUUCGUUCCGUCUUUGUUUGAACUGUUGGUUUAUUUAAUGGUACGACCUGAUGGCACGAAUGUAAAAACAAGUGUGUAUUUAUUGAGCAGAGUCAAAAAACACCUGUGCCACAAGAUAACACUGUUGUUUAUUGAUGAAGUGUUACAGAUACAAAAGGUUUAGAGAAGGUUCUUUCUUUGCCCCGACUGUCAACAUGGCUUCUUAGAAAACAUCGUUGAGUCCUAGAUACUUUUGAGUCCAGUAGAAAGGCUCAAUCAAAUUCGUUCAUGGUACAAGUGCGCCCUCUCGUGGGUUUGUAGCACAUCACCUUCCGUGGAACUGCCGGUCGUCAGCCGGACUGGAAACUUGUUUGUGCUCAAAUGAAAUGAUUGUAUUUCUGUUCUGCUAGUGCCCUUGUUCGUUUGUUUGUAUAUAUGGCUUUUCAUCAUUUGUUUUGUAAAUUAAGUGAACAGAUAUGUUUAAUAAAAU